UUCAAAUAAGAUCUCUCAGUCCAGUUUAUUUUGUCUCAAAGAUCAAAUCCAUGGGCUUAAGAUUCACUAAUUCUCCAUUAGAUAUGCUUAACGGAAGAGAGGCUCCGCCAGCACACUACCUUCUCAAAAUUCAAUCAUUCAACUCACUUUUGAGAUCUUGUUUGGAGAAAUAUAGUUCAGAUAAGUUUGAAGUAGGAGACUACAAAUGGAGAUUAACGAUAUACCCAGGUGGGAACAAACAGAGAGGCGGGCAGGGCCAUAUUUCGAUAUUCUUAACGUUGGUGGACACGAGUUCGCUCCCUGUCGGAUGGGAGCUCCAUGCCGUCUUCAACUUUUUCGUGUACGAUCAGCUUCGCGACAAGUACCUCUCACUAGCAGACAACCAACUAAGGCGUUUCCACGCAAUGAAGACAGAAUGGGGCGAGGCCAAAUUCGUGGAGCUUCAAGUCUUUAAUGACUCUUCCAAUGGGUACUUGAUCAACAACGCCUGCGUGUUCGGUGCCGAAGUCUUCGUUCUGAAGCAGACUCGAAAAGCUGAGUGCUUGUUGACUUUUGAAAAACCAAACGUCGGCAGCUAUACCUGGACUAUCAAUCGCUUUUUUGCUCAAACCUGCUUUGAUCAUCACGAAUCGCAGUGGUUCGUCGCUGUAGGCCACAGAUGGAGGAUUCUGAUAUACCCUCAAGGGUACGGCGACGGGAAGGGCAACAGUGUUUCGGUGUUCCUGUCUUUGGACGAGUCCUCGCUUCCAGCGAACACUCGACUCGUUGUGAGUUGUAUCAUCCGCAUGUUUGAUCAAAAUGAACUCAAAGCAGACCCGUUUGAAUUUACAGGUGACAACCAUUUUGGAGAGUCGUGCUUGCUGUGGGGUGCUCCAAAGUUCAUGCCAUUGUCUAAUCUCAGAAACCCAAAGCAGACCUACUUGGUGGGAGACACUUGCGUAAUGGAAGCUGCUAUUACUUUGUUUGGAACAAUCUCCACAGUUUCUUAAAAAUGGGGAUGACUUUAAUAUCUGUAUCGAUCUAAUGCGAUUAAAAAAAGUUGAUGGGUAAUAAAAUAAAUUUCAAGAUAUUAAUUUAUACUUUUUCUUGUUUUUAACCGAAAGUACAUUGUGCACUCUUGAUGGAAUUUAGAACAAAUAUAAAAUUACUUCAGAAGUAUGAAUCCAGUCGAAUAAAG